UAGACUAGUUGAGUAUCUGGAGCAUCAGCAUUUCUGUUUUUUGAUUACAGGCUCAAAAUGGCCAGAAACAAAGACUUUCUUCUGAAACUAUUCUUGGAAUGUAAAUCACAGAACAUAUAGGUAGUGGCAGCUGCAGAGAAGUAGCUGGGCAUACAAGAUUUGACUUCAGAAGAGUUACAGGGUGUGUUGAGUGGUGGUUUUCUGCCCUGGUGGUGCAGGAGUAGAUAUGGUCAAAGUAGUGGAAUGGGGAAGUGAGUUUUUAAUUAGUGUAGAGUUAGUUGGAAUGGUGUUUAUUUGAUAUUUUCCCCAUUUAGUAUCACAGUAUAAUGGCUUUAUAUUAUAGUCCAGUUGGGGGCGGUAAUGCAACACAUUGGAUGCCAACCGCCGUUAAACCCCGAAGAAGAAGUUAACAGCACAGAAGUUUUAAUAACGAAAUGGCUUCGCUUCCUUUCGUUCGAGGGGCUCUACUCGUGUCGUUUUCGGUUCUUUUGACUGUAGUUCUGGGGUUCGGACUCCCAGCGUUGCUGAAUGCUGUCGCUGAAUGCUGUGGUUUUCCUGAGACCAGUGUGUCGGAGUGCAUAGUCGGGGUGUAUUUCAUUUUUGUACUCUAUGUCGCGACACCACGGAUACCCAGAGGAACGAUAGAGGUACAGGGAAAGGCAGUAUUCAUCACAGGCUGUGACAGUGGUUUUGGUCAUGCCACGGCUAAGCACCUCCACAAACUGGGCUUCACUGUCUUCGCUGGGUGUCUGUUCAAGGAUAAGGGUGGGGAGGGGUCCAAGGAGCUGGAGGAGAUGCAGUCAGAUCGGAUGAAGGUGGUUCAGCUGGAUGUCUGCAGUGAGGAGCAGGUGAACAGAGCUGUGGACUACGUCAACACACACCUGGAUGACUCACAGAGAGGUCUGUGGGCGGUGCUGAACAACGCAGGCGUGUCUACGUUUGGAGAGGUGGAGUUUACGACCAUGGAGACGUACCGACAGGUGUCAGAGGUCAACCUGUGGGGGGUUAUCAGGGUCACCAAGGCCCUCCUGCCCCUCAUCCGUAGGGCCAAAGGUCGUGUGGUCAACCUGGCCAGUAUGUAUGGGCGGAUGGGCAAUGCCCUGCGUUCUCCAUACUGCGUAUCUAAAUAUGGCGUGGAAGCGUUCUCCGACUGUCUACGUUACGAGAUGAAGGCCUGGGGGGUCAAGGUCUCCGUCAUCGAGCCGGGGAACUUCAUUGUGGCAACGGGCAUCCUGACCCGGGACAUUGUGGCGACCACGGCUGAUAAACUGUGGCGCGAGGCUCCCCCUGGUGUCCAGGAGGACUAUGGCCACGCCCAUUUCGACAAACGCAUGGCUCUGAUGAGGUCAUACUGUAGCAGCGGACAGAAAGAUGUCCAGCCCGUCCUAGAUGACAUCACCGACGCCAUCACGUCGCGCCGCCCGUUCACGCGCUAUAACCCCAUGGAGCCUCACUGGUGGAUCAGGAUGCAGGUGAUGACACACCUGCCGGCCGCCAUCUCCGACCGUCUCUACUUCUGACCUGGAGGAUCCCCGUCUCCGACCGUCUCUACUUCUGACCUGGAGGAUCCCCGUCUCCGACCGUCUCUACUUCUGACCUGGAGGAUCCCCGUCUCCGACCGUCUCUACUUCUGACCUGGAGGAUCCCUGUCUCCGACCGUCUCUACUUCUGACCUGGAGGAUCCCCGUCUCCGACCGUCUCUACUUCUGACCUGGAGGAUCCCUGUCUCCGACCGUCUCUACUUCUGACCUGGAGGAUCCCCGUCUCCGACCGUCUCCAUACGUACAGUGUAUCCUAUUGCAUUAGGGUUCCGUUCCACUUUAGAGUCUAAAAUUGGGGAAUUCCCUAUGGAAAAUUACAAGCGAUCGAUUCUCAAUAUGUUAAUCUAAUUUGAAUGAAUUUCCUGACUUGACUGAUUUAACAAUUUCUAUUCUCCUUGGAUCAUGAGGUCCAGAGACCACUGCUGUAGCUAAGGAUUCCUUCACACUGGAAAUCUCAGUGACUGAGCCAUUUUGAACAUUAUGCACUAUUGUCCUAUCUACAAUAUAUACGUUAUUCACCCCCUUGGAAAUGGGAUUUUUUCUUCUUAAGUAAUAACUGAAGCUGUAAUAUUCAAGUGAUGAAGCCGAAGUUUGGAGGUUAUAUUGGCGCGGGUGUUAGGCCCGAGGUGAACACCAGCUCCCAGGGCAUUAUCACUUUUAUACGGGUUAUUAACAUAUUUUCAGAAACAUUAUUUUGAUGAAUUUACUCAUACAGUUUCAUCCUUCCACGAGAUAUAGUCCCGACACAAAUCUGGGGUUGCUACCCAAGCCGGCUGGUUGUUCAUUCUAUCAGUUCGGUUGCCAGAGACGCGACCCAGUCGUUGUCCUUUUGUUCUGUGUCUAGGGACGAGACCCAGUCGUUGUCCUUGUUGUUCUGUGUCUAGGGACGAGACCCAGUCGUUGUCCUUGUUGUUCUGUGUCUAGGGACGAGACCCAGUCGUUGUCCUUUUGUUCUGUGUCUAGGGACGCGACCCAGUCGUUGUCCUUUUGUUCUGUGUCUAGGGACGCGACCCAGUCGUUGUCCUUUUGUUCUGUGUCUAGGGACGAGACCCAGUCGUUGUCCUUUUGUUCUGUGUCUAGGGACGAGACCCAGUCGUUGUCCUUUUGUUCUGUGUCUAGGGACGAGACCCAGUCGUUGUCCUUUUGUUCUGUGUCUAGGGACGAGACCCAGUCGUUGUCCUUUUGUUCUGUGUCUAGGGACGAGACCCAGUCGUUGUCCUUUUGUUCUGUAUCUAGGGACGCGACCCAGUCGUUGUCCUUUUGUUCUGUGUCUAGGGACGAGACCCAGUCGUUGUCCUUUUGUUCUGUAUCUAGGGACGCGACCCAGUCGUUGUCCUUUUGUUCUGUGUCUAGGGACGAGACCCAGUCGUUGUCCUUUUGUUCUGUGUCUAGGGACGCGACCCAGUCGUAGUCCUUUUGUUCUGUAUCUAGGGACGAGACCCAGUCGUUGUUCUGUAUCUAGGGACGCGACCCAGUCGUUGUCCUUUUGUUCUGUGUCUAGGGACGCGACCCAGUCGUUGUGCUUUUGUUCUGUGUCUAGGGACGAGACCCAGUCGUAGUCCUUUUGUUCUGUAUCUAGGGACGCGACCCAGUCGUAGUCCUUUUGUUCUGUAUCUAGGGACGAGACCCAGUCGUUGUUCUGUAUCUAGGGACGCGACCCAGUCGUUGUGCUUUUGUUCUGUGUCUAGGGACGAGACCCAGUCGUUGUCCUUUUGUUCUGUGUCUAGGGACGAGACCCAGUCGUUGUUCUGUAUCUAGGGACGCGACCCAGUCGUUGUUCUGUGUCUAGGGACGAGACCCAGUCGUUGUUCUGUGUCUAGGGACGCGACCCAGUCGUUGUUCUGUGUCUAGGGACGCGACCCAGUCGUUCUUUCUAAAUGUUCCAUUGCCAUGAUGGCUGGCAAUGAUCUUAUCCGUUGCUUGCUAUUUGGCUAACACAGUCAUGUCAAACAGUGUAGCCAGAAUAACAGCACAGUAGCUGGGGUUUAAGCUGUUUUCUAGUGACUCUUUCGGGAUACCUCCAUAACAAUGAGCUAAGGAUUUCUCCUGGCAUGGAACGCUGGCUGGUUCUCUCUCUUCCCAAACUGAAGCUGGAAUGAUGAGCAGUUACUGUUGUUCUGUUGACAUUUCAUAUGUAUAUAAACAUAAAUAUAUAUGUAUACAUGUAUAGAUACAUAAAAAUGAUGCUGAGAGAAGCUGCCUGUUUGUCCCAACAUGUACAUUAACAGCUGGAGAUCCAAUUUCAAAAUUGUAUUUUUGUAUUAUUGUUUUUGCAAAUGCAAGGUUAUUACAAAUCUCCACUGUUGAAAACCAAUUGUUAAUCUAAAAGAAAUGUGAGAUAAUGUCUAGAUGCUUUUUAUAGUGGAGAUCAAGUUUAUAAGUUGCCUGGUUGGGCUGAUGAGACAGUGGAUUGCUUAGAGUAAAUAGACAUCAUUAACGUCAUAGAUUUAGCCUGUGGUAACUUGUAGAAUAGACAAUGGCUGGAAUGUGGUUUUAACCAACCAGGAUUAGACACCACCCAUAUAAAGCUUGAUUGAGAAUUAUUCAACCCUCUGAGUCAAUACAUGUUAGAAUCACAUUUUGGCAGCGAUUACAGCUGUGUGUCUUCUUGGGUUGGUAUCUAAGGGGCCGAUUCCGUCUGAGGAAAUGCCUUUGCACUUCUCAGUUGGUAUUCAGACUUACCAAGCACGUAUUGCGCUCUACAGCUCUACACCAUGCCCUCAAUGAAUAAAUAUCAUUCAAUCACUGACAAACCACUUGCUGGCUAACCGAUUAUCUUCUUUGUUGUGAAGUUCAAAGUUCACAUUCAAUAGUGUUUUCAGUACAUUUAUCGAAAGCCAUCCCUUUAAAUAUGCUGUACCUUUUUUAAAAUUUGAAUUUAGUCUACAGACUAUCGUGAGAAUAUUAUGGAUCAAUGAAAUGUAAGCAUCUAAAUAUAUCGAUCUCUUUUCAGCACCAACUCGUAUAUUUUUGUGUGGAUUAUUUCGUGCCGAUGUUAGGAAAGUGAAUCAUUCUAAUCCGGUUUGGUGAGCCGUUAAAUAUAUCAUCCUGAAAGUUGCCGUGUUCAAGUUCAAUCCAUAACAUAUUGGAAGGUGGGAAAAUGCGGACAAUAGUCGUAUGAACUAAACAUGGCACUGUGAUGAACCGUGCGGCAGGUUUAAACUGCUACGUCCCGAGUUCCAUAAGGCCUCUAAUAGACACCGUUAGCCUGGAACAACGACAGACGACCGAGGAAGGAAGGGGAAUGGUGCUAAAUGUAGGAAACUAUAGUGAAAGUUAGAACUGCAUGUGGGUAUUACUGACGGUGGCUCCCGAUAGUGGCUCAUAUUUAACAUGUCACACAUUGUAAAGAUAAACUGAGAAAACAAUGAAAACAUUCUGAAGAGAAUAAAUCAUGGCUGCAGGUUCGGCCAUUUAAAGGCCUAUAGAGUAUAGGGUCUUCAAAUGUCAAUCCCUGCAAGUUAUUAGGGCAUAACAGCUAUUUAUAGUCUAUUUCACUGUGGCGAGGAGCCGUAACACAUCUCAUGUUGAUAUGACUUUAAUUUGGCCUCUUUAGGACUGGUUUCACAUUUGUCCCCAGGAAAAAUAAUCUAGAACAGUUACUAUAUGUAGGCUAUCUCCAAACAGCUUCCUCAUUUUACCUAGCGGCAGGGUAGCCUCGUGGUUAGAGCUAUCUCCAAACAGCUUCCUCAUUUUACCUAGCGGCAGGGUAGCCUCGUGGUUAGAGCUAUCUCCAAACAGCUUCCUCAUUUUACCUAGCGGCAGGGUAGCCUCGUGGUUAGAGCAAGUUCAAAUCCCCGAGCUGACAAGGUACAAAUCUGUCGUUCUGCACCUGAACAAGGCAAUUCCCCGGUAGGCCGUCAUUGAAAAUAAGAAUGUGUUCUUAACUGACUUCCCUAGUUAAAUAAAUGAUUAUAAAUGACAAGGAAUGGCUUUAUUUCUAUCAAGAACAAAAUGAAGGUAAAUCUGACGAUUCUGUUACAAAACGUUUCUUAAGCAAAUGGCACGAAAUGAGGAGGGACCUACCUGAAUUUGUCCAAUAGAAACUCUUUUUAUUAGCAAAACAGAACCAAUGAUUACACGCUAGAGGCAGGCAAGAGGGUGUAAGGCAGUAUUUAAUGUUUUCACUGGCUGUCACCUUGAUUACUCAAAUUAUUCUCCCAACCUUUUCACCUGCAUUGUAAAACUUUCAUUCUAAGUCUGUUGUAGCAACCUCAUGAUGGGUAUAGGUCAAAUUAGAGUAUCAUGUCGUGGCCUAAACAUAUCGACGAUACAUUGAACUGGGUGAAUGAAAUAUGAAUGACAGUCAUCCAAUAUGCUGUAAUAGAAAUAAGGCCGUCCUCAAUCUCAAACGGCACCAACCGUGGCUGUCAGGUCAGGUCAGGUAGACAGGAAAGUGUAUAAAAAGCCAAAUUACACAGCGCUCUGUACUGAACUUCCCCCUGAGAGCUUUCCACACCUCAAUUGUCAUAUUAUAUAUUAUAUAUACAUAUUUUCAAGCAGAUUUAAGUGUCUAAACUGUAACUAGGCCACUCAGCAACAUGCGAUGUCAUCUUGGUAAGGCACUCCAGUUUUAUUUAGCCUGGUGUGUCAGGUUAGGACGAGGCAGUUACUGAGUGACAUGUUGGAUUUGCCCCAAACAUAAGACUUAGCAUUUAUGCCAAAAUGUUUAUUCCUUUUGCAGUGUUUAAAAAAAAAAAAAAGUUUUACUUCAGUGCCUUGUUAUAUACAGGAUGCUUGUUUUGGAGUUGUUGAGCCGUCCUCGGUUAUCUCCUGUCACAGCCAUUACAAUCUGUAGCUGUUUUAAACUCACCAAGGGUCUCUCAUGGUAUUGUCCUUCCUGCCCUCCGUUCAGAAGGAGGACUGUAUACUUGUUGUGUCUGGGUGGCAAUGAGACUUUCAAAAAAGCUCCCUGGUCUUUGUAGUGUGCUUGAAAUUCAAUAGUUGACCGAGGGACCUUUCGUAUGUAUGGGGGACAGAUGAAGGGGUAGUCAAUCAGGAAUCACGUCAACCCCUACUAUUUCAUACGGUACUGGUCAUUUAUAAUGAACUCAUUUAGGUUUGCUUAAACAAAGGAGGUGAAUUGUUAUGCAAUGAUUUGUUUUUAUUAAUUUGUAGAAAUGUAUUUUGUGUAGAACAAUAAAUAAAAUCAUUCCAAUCCAAUU